AUGGCUAAACCAAGAGUUAAGAAGCGGACGCAUGUGGGCGCCAACCAGCCCAAGAGCGCCGCUGCGGCGCCAGCCCACGCAACGGUCCGCGACCCCAAGAGCAUGGUGAUCCGGAUAGGUGCCGGCGAGGUGGGCUCCAGCAUUAGUCAAUUGGCCAUGGACGUUCGCCGAGUGAUGGAACCGGGAACGGCGAGUCGGUUGAAGGAAAGGAAGGGGAAUAGGCUACGGGAUUACGUUACGAUGACGGGACCUCUCGGCGUUACGCAUCUUCUUCUGUUCUCGCGGUCGGAGAGGGGAAACGUCAAUCUUAGGGUGGCGCUGGCUCCCAAGGGCCCGACGCUCAACUUUCGGGUAGAGAAGUAUUCGCUUGCGAAGGAUAUUCAGAAGACGCAGAGGCGGCCUCGUGGCGUUGGAAAGGAGUUUAUGACACCCCCUCUGCUCGUAAUGAACAACUUUUCUUCUUCCCAAAACGCCGACAGCCCUUCCAAGGUACCGAAACACCUUGAAUCCCUAAUCACCACCGUCUUCCAGUCCCUCUUCCCACCCAUCAACCCCCAAGCGACACCUCUCAAGACCAUUCGAAGGGUUCUCCUCCUCAACAGAGAGCCCGACAAGGACGGCGAAGAAGGUUCCUUUAUAUUAAACUUCCGACACUAUGCGAUUACGACAAAGACUACGGGGCUCUCACGGCCACUAAGGAGGCUUCACGCGGCGGAGAAGCUGCUCUCGGCCAGGUCUGGCAAGAAGGGAGGGGUACCUAACUUGGGGAAGCUGGAGGAUAUUGCGGAUUUCAUGAUUGGAGGGGAGAACGGCGAGGGUUACAUGACGGAUUACACAAGCGGCAGCGAAGUCGACACCGAUGCGGAGGUGGAGGUUGUCGAGGAUGCGCCGCGGAAAAUCUCUCGCAGGGCUGCCGCCGCCGCCGCUGCUGGUGAGGGAGGAGCCGAGCCCGAAGAGGAAGAAAAAGUGGAGAAGCGCGCAGUGAAGUUAGUAGAGCUAGGGCCUCGCAUGAAGUUGAGGUUAACAAAGGUCGAAGACGGUAUCGCAGCGGGCAAGGUGAUGUGGCACGAGUACAUCCAGAAGACGAAAGAGGAGGCGCAGGAGCUUGAGAAGAGGUGGGAGAAGAGGAGGCAAGAGAAGGAGGCGAGGAAGCGGGAGCAAAAGGCCAACCUCGAUAAGAAGAAGAAAGCUCUCAAGGCGAAGACCGACAAGGGUGAGGACGGCGAUGAGGAGAUGGAUGAUUACGGCAGUGAGUUGGAUGCGGACGAUUUCUACAGCAGUGGGGAUGACGAAUAUAGGGGAGGCGACGAUGACGAUGAUGCGAUGGACGAGGAAGAGGACUGA